AUGACAAAAGGACGUGAGUCUCAACUUCUACAGGAACUGGUGGAAUCAUUUCGCACCCUCCUAGACGAAGCUCUCAUCGUCGCCAUAGCGGGGGAUUUUGAUCUCACGGACCCUCUCGCCCACCAACAAGCCCAGACCACCCUGCGAGAUUUGGCGCAAAACGUGCCAAUAGAGGAAGCAUCAGCAUCCGUUCCUAGCGGUGCUCGCAAUGGCACGAAUGGCGGUGGCUCCAGUCAUGCCCUGCACCGCGACCUUGCAGCAACUUCAACGACGAGCACUAGUUAUCCGACAUCGACCGCCCACUUAACAGAUACGACUGGCUCAAGCGCGCCCGUUUUUUCGCCUCGUUUGACAUUCUUCAACAACGAGAGUCACGAGGACAAGUUGCAUUUGCUGCAGAGCAUGUUUGCUGAACUGAAAGAGUAUGACGUGAAGUAUUCGCUUAAAAAGGCAGAUGGGGACCUCCAAACAGCGCUGGAUGAUCUGCUCAACGUCCAGUAUCUACAAGCCACUGGGCAACAAGUAGAGGGAGUUGAUGGCUUCUUCAUUGCAGACUCGCAUACAAAACCGGACAAGAAGAAGAGGAAGGGCAAGAAGCUGGCACUCUCGGAUGCAGAUCCUUCUGCCGACGGAGCCCCGACUUCACCGAGAGCCUCGCUAGAGACAUGCGUCCAAGAUGAAGCCGAGUACAUUGCUGAGAGGUUUGGUAUACGGCCAGACGAGGUCUUGCCUGUGUACAAGAAGAACCAUGGUUCAAAAGGCGCUACUGUGACCGAGCUUCUCGGGCAAUACAUGUCUGUUGGAGUGGAGACUCAGGACGAACAUGGCAAAGAAUCGGCUGAAGCUCUGGCCAAGAAGUACCGCCACGUCCCCGAAGAGUAUAUGCGUACCAUAGUCCAUGUCGCCGGGUCCAUCCCCCAAUUCGCGGAUGAUAUUGCAGCGCUUCUCAACCGACAUUUCGGCAAACAGAUCAAGGCCCACAAGAUGGACCUUGCCUACCGACUGACACCCCUGCCACAACAUGACAUCGAAGGAGGGGAAGCAUCCCCGACAAUACCACCGCAAACAGCAGGCUGGGCUGCUAAGCCAGCGUGCUCGACCGUGACCGACUACGAGGAAGCGGUCAGUCGUGCCAAUGCGUUUGAUCAAGCAAGUCGCCAUGCCGCGAGCUCUGCAGCGCAGUUGCAACGACGCGGAGCUUGCACUCACCUGUACAGACAAGCGGCCAGUUACUACACAGAUCGAGCUCGGGAGCAAGCUCGGUACGCCCAAAGCGCAAGGUCCACGGCUGCGGACAUUCUCGUCGACGGGCAAAGUACGAAUACUUGCAUCGAUCUCCACGGCGUCCCAGUACACGAUGGUGUCAGAAUCGCACGUCAAAGGGUGCGAGACUGGUGGCGAGGUCUCGGGGAAGUGAGAGCGCAAAGGCUGAGAGAGCGGGGCGGAUUCACCAUCAUAACAGGGCUAGGUCGCCAUAACGCCGGCGGCGUGUCCCACCUGCGACAGGCUGUGGCGGCAGCUCUUCUUCAAGACGGGUGGAAGCUGACUGUUGAGACGGGAAAGUUUGUCGUCACAGGGCGGCAGUGA